AUGCUCUAUCAAGUAAACGGCAUCAAAGAGUUCCUUAUCGAUUCUUGUUUAUAUGGUAGCCUGUAUACUGGUGUAGGAACAACGACAAUGUUACUGGCCGAAAUCAUUCUUAUGAUGCGAGUUUAUGCCUUGUUCGGAGGAGCCGGGAAAACGUUACUUUCACUCAUCACGCUGACGCUACUUCUCUUCGGUUUCAACAUUGUACAACUCCUAUUUGACCUCGUGGUCAAAUACCCAUUUUCGUCGAAUCAAGAAAUGUUUACGGAUGCUUAUUUGCCCUCGACUGUGCAAGUGAAGAAGCUCAAGCUCCCGGCGCGCAUCUCGAGGCUAGAGAGUGGUCAGACGAAGACGCAAGACAUCACCACAUUAAUGGCAAAAGACUCCAUCGCAUAUUUUGCUGUGUAG